GCGGGUCGCAAUUUUCAGCGCCGAGAUCAGCGCAACCCCUGUUCAAUCUGCCCAGUUAAGGCGGCCUAGAAUGCCCCUCAGCGCGUUAAGUGGUCCUGGACGCGUCGAACGCGUCCCACUUUGACAUCUCCAACCAAAUAAUUAUUGAUCAAGUAACUGCCCUCGGUCGAGGUAAGCAAAAGCAAGCAACGUCGCCAGCACAGCGCCGACACCAAAUUAUAACAAAUCGAAUCCACGGAAUUGGAACUGUCGAAAAGAUUACAACAUGUCGGAAACAGAAAUAGUCGCAGAGCUGAACGAGCAGUUCGGUUCAGGGAACAAGGAGCUCGAAGCCGAUGUCGUCGCCGAACUGCGGUCCAUUAUGCGCCUCCAUCAGCUGUCAGUCGAGGACCUGUUCUUCAAAUGGGAGUCAUAUUGCAUCAAGAUGGACAUAGACGCAGCACAAACAGCUCUCGAGACACUGCGACACUUCAAGCAAGACUUGCAUGACACCCUCGAAAGAAACAGUCGGUCGCAUGUAAAGAUCAAGACCGAGAAGGGCAUCUCAUCAACACCACGGGCCCCCAGAGUCAGCGGCGGCGAUGUUUUUGGAAUGUUGGAUAGCCUCACCACACCAGGCCCUGGAAGGGCCUCCAAGGUUGUCCCAAAGAGGACGCCAGCAGUCAGCCGUGUCAAGGUUGAGCCAGCCAGUUCGCCAGUCAGGUUGGCCGACCAGCUCGACGCUACGGGUGUUAUUCCACCAUCAUCCUUCAACGACCGAGCCAAUGCCGGCGAGACAGUCGAGAUCCUCAACGACCAGCUCCCAGCGCCUGAACCCCCUAUCGCCCCCUUCAGCGAAUCCCGAAUCAAGCUCACCGCAGCCUCUGACCAGAAGAAAUUGGCCUACAAACCCCUUGCCCUGAAGGUAUCCGAGUCCUCCGAAAUCCUCGACGACCGGAUAGACGACUUUGUUUCCCUCGUUAUGCAACACCACAAGCUCGAAGAGUCCGCCUUUGGCAGCGCCGCCAGCCAAAGCACGUCCGAGAUCGUUGCCGUUGGCCGGAUCGCCUCCGACUCCUCAGAAGGCAAACUCAACGCCGCUUCCCUACUCCUCGAAACCUCGCGCCGAAUGGGUGGCGGUCUCCGCGUCCCUCUCAACGUCUCCAGGCUCAGAGGAUACCAAUUCUUCCCCGGCCAAAUCGUCGCUCUGAAAGGCGUAAACAGCAACGGACACGAAUUCACCGUCCACCAAAUCCUCGAUCUCCCCCUCCUCCCCAACGCCGCCUCCACCCCCGACUCCCUUGGCGCUCAUAUCCAGCGUCUCCGCGGCGGCCCAGACGCAAUGGACUCCGACUCCGACCCCACCCCUCUGAACGUAAUCUUCGCCUCUGGCCCGUACACAGCAGACGACAACCUCGAUUUCGAACCCCUCAAAGCCCUCUGCAACGAAGCAGCCGACAUCUACGUCGACGCGCUCGUUCUUACCGGCCCCUUCAUCGACAUGGAACACCCUCUCAUUGCGUCAGGAGACUUUGACCUCCCAGAAGAAUACCUCUCGUCCAUCGACCCCGACACAGCAACAAUGUCCACCGUGUUCAAAUACCUUAUCUCCCCCUCCCUCAACCGCCUCGCUUCCGCCAACCCGAGCAUCACCAUCCUCCUCAUCCCUUCGGUGCGUGACGUACUAGAUAAACACGUGUCCUGGCCUCAAGACGCCUUCCCCCGCAAAGAACUCGGUUUGCCAAAAGUGGCAAAGGUAAUAGGCAACCCCAUGACGCUGAGCAUGAACGAGAUUGUCCUUGGUAUUAGCAGCCAGGAUGUCCUCUUUGAGCUCAGACACGAGGAGUUGAUUGGGGGGAGACCGCAGGAGCCGAGGUUGUUGGAACGGGCGUGCAGGUAUCUGGUUGAGCAGAGACAUUACUUCCCGCUAUUCCCGCCGACGGAUAGGAAGAAGCUGCCCAAGACGGGGAGGGGGGAUGGGGUUGGGCCCGGGGCGGUGUUGGAUGUGGGGUAUUUGAAGUUGGGGGAGAUGGUGAAUGUGAGGCCGGAUGUGUUGGUGGUGCCGAGUAGUUUGCCGCCUUUUGCAAAGGUUGUUGAGAGUGUGCUGGUUAUCAACCCGGGGUAUCUUUCCAAGAGGAGAGGAGCGGGGACGUAUGCAAAGAUGACGGUUUACCCUCCUGAUCUGGCGAAGCAAGAGCAGAUGGGAGGGAUGUUGGCGCACAAGAUCUUUGAAAGGGCGAGGGUGGAGAUUACGAGGAUUUGAGGAGGGCUUGGGUUAGAGAGCAGUUGAACAAGAGUAAUGUUGGCCCUCAAAAAUGCCCUGAACAUGUGAAAAGAUCUGGCCUUGUUUGUCAUAUUAUGUACUGCUUCCUAUAAACAACUUAAGCGAUGCUUCUACCGGCCAUCUAUCUUCCUCCGCUUGUCACUAUCAUACCGAUCCCUCCCCCGUUCCUGUG